UUUCUGUCUACAUAAGUGGACUGAAAGCAGUGAAAAGACUUUUACUCAGAAUAAUUAUCUCAAACGAGAACGUCAGAUUAGAGCAAGACCAACAACAACAACAACCAGAAUGGCAGACGUCAAGUCGCUAGAACACCCAACUCUGAAGGUUCCAUAUGAAGUGUUGAAUAAGAAGUUUCGAGCUGCACAAAAGAACAUUGAUCGUGAGAUAGCUCAUGUUCAAACAGCGGCCAAUGACUUGGAGAAAUGUUUUCACAGUGGCCGUGUGACAGUGGGAGAAGUUAGCACUGCACUGGAUACAGUGGUUGAGAAGCUUUCAUUACUGAAGCGCAAAGCUGACGAGAGUAUCCAGGAUGAGUUGGAGGCAGCCAAGACGUGUAAAAGGCGGGUGGAGCACCUGAAGCUGGCUGACAGUGCCCAGGGGGGUGCCGUGACAGUGUGGAGGAAGAAGCGCCUGGACAGGAUGCUGGUGGAAUACUUCCUGAGGGCAGGCUAUUAUAACACUGCCUUAAAGUUGGCAAAACACUCAGAACUGGUGGAUUUGACAAACAUAGAUCUGUUCUUGACUUGUAAAGAAGUGGAGGAAUCGUUGCUGCGACAUGAGACUGCUGCUUGUUUGACCUGGUGUCAUGAUAACAGAUCAAAGCUAAGGAAAAUGAAGAGUACGUUGGAGUUCAACUUACGGCAACAAGAAUACAUUGAGCUGAUCCGAAAUAACAAACGUCUGGAAGCUGUGAAACAUGCUAGGAAAUAUUUCACAUCUCUGGAAGAUGACCAGGUGAAGGACAUCCAGAAAGUGAUGGGCUUACUGGCUUUUCCUGUGGACACGGAGAUCAUUCCUUACAGGGCACUGCUGGACACAAACCGCUGGCAGGAGCUGGUGGAGCAGUUUAGAGAAGACAACUACAAGCUACACCAACUAAACAGCAUGUCUAUCUUCACAGUCACACUCCAGGCUGGACUCUCAGCCCUCAAAACACCUCACUGUUACAAGGAGAACUCUGACCACAGGAAUCCUGACUGCCCUGUGUGCUCCCGUAACCUCAACCAACUGGCUCACCCGCUGCCCUACGCACACUGCUCCAAUUCCAGGCUCAUCUGCUCCAUCAGUGGUCUCCCCUUGAAUGAGCAUAAUCCCCCUAUGAUGCUUCCAAAUGGCCAUGUGUAUGGCUUGAGUGCCCUGGCUUCCAUGGCUGCUGACAACGAAGGUCGGGUUGUCUGUCCUCGAACGAAAACCAUAUUCAACCUUGAGGAGACGGAGAAAGUGUUUGUCAUGUGAUACAUGAUUAUUUUAGAAGUGGUUUGUCUCUUUUUCUUUAUGGUUUUGACUGUGGGUGUCACGUGGUGUUUGUCCUGGCAUCUGUCUGGUAAUGAAUCUGACACCCUAAGCCAGAUGAUUAACACCAUUCCGCUGUGCUCCCACUGAAUGGAUCACAAUAUAGAGAAAAUAUAGAGUAUAUCUGGACAAAAUGUGGUUAUCGCUAACUGUGUUACCAAGCCUUUGUCUUGAGAGUUUACAUAAUUCUAAUGGCUGUGCCCAAUGGUAAUACAUGUCUAAAGUAUAUCCUACUACAGUCCCGAGAAUUUGUGCUUCAGUGCUCCAUGAAAUGGAUCAUUCCAGACAACGCAAGACUUAACCUGCUGCCAGAUCUGUGAGGUAAAGCUCUGUCAUAAGCUCCUGGCCAUCUACUCUGAAUCAGGGAGGAGAUUGACUGCGAAACACAUGUAGUUUGGCAUAGUCAGAGAGAGAGAGGGUUGCUCUGAGCUUUCUAAGGGUGACCACUCGUGACAUCCUCACCCAAAGCAGCCUGUUAGCAUUAAAGCGGAGUGUGUAGAAAUAAUUUGUCAAGAGCAGUUACUGCAGUUACUUGAUUCAUCUGCAAGAUCAAAGAUAUCAAAUCAUGAAUAUGUUGUAAAAGUACUUUUUUUUAGUUUCAAAAUUUUAGAUUUUAAACAGGAAACAGAUCUCAGACAAAUAAAAUUUAGUGGGAAUUUAGUGAAAUAGUAGUAACUUGCAAAAUAAUGCAGACAGUAACAAGUAUUCAGGGAUUUCCCCACUGUUUCCUGUGUAAGUGGAGGCUACAAUAUGUUUGAGUGGCAUUUAGAAGUUGGGAAGGAAGUACACUGGGGAAAGUCUUCUUAUGGAUAUACAUUUUUUAAUAAGUAUUUGGGAGCACAGAAUUGUACUAGUUAUUUAAAAAUCUGCAUGUACGAUGUACGAUCCUUCCCACUUUCCAGCACAAAAAUGGAACUUUCUGUGAAAGGGAACACUCCUUCAUUGUAUGUUCCUUUUUCAAACGCUUGUGUUCUGUUGAUUUCACGUGAGAUGAAUGUCACUUUAUGAUACACGGAGUUUCUUUGUGUACGCUAUGUAUGGAUAAGAAGUCUGAAAACUAACCUAGCUCAGAAAUAAGUUAUGUGGAUACUUAUUGGCCCAUAGUUUUGUGUUUCUUUAACACAUGCUAAAAAAAUAUGUUUUUUUCACUUGCUGUUAAUCAUUUUAAUGCCAGAUUUUGAUUAAUGUACCUUUAUCAGUUAUGAUGUACAUGAUGUAAUUUUUUUAUCCAUGCUUUAAACUAACUUUAGGGUGGUAAAUUGUUUUUUGUUUAGUGAAUUAAGGUGUUUCAAUACACCUUUUAUACCAUCUGAAAUACGUCUGCAAAGGACUACUUGCAUUCCUCUGUAGAUGGCUGGUUAUUUUUGAGUCAUACAUUUCCUGAUAUCUUGGAAGAGCAUGCGAUUUUUAUAGGAUUGCCUACAUGUACAAAUGUAAACUUGUUUAGUUGUGCUUAUGGCAGUAAAUUCUUGUCCUAGAAGGAUAUUCAAGACCUUGGAUAUCCAGACACUUCAUUCAUACGAGUCCUCGCCAAGUAGACGACGAUGGUUAAGAUAAAAUAGUAAGAUAUAGGGAAAUGAAAACAUAGGGUGAUACGGCUGAUAGUAAUGAGAAAUUAUACAUGUAGUGUGUAAGACAACAGAACAAUGUGCAAUGCAUAAAUAAUUUGCGAACGUCAAUCAAACCUGGUUUUGUAUUUAUCAGACCCUAAAGCAGAGUUUUGUAUUAACUGACAUGUAAUAAUGUUUUCAUUGCCAUGUGGAAGCGAGUAAAUGUAUUGGCUCAAGUAAAACGGCAAAAGCCUGGAUGUUCGCAGUCUCAGAUACAUGUAUUUUAUAUUUGGGAUAUGAUGGUCACGCAGGGUAGUUAUUAGGUGUUAGCUAAAUCAGUUGGCAAUGUUCUCGGCUUCACUUUCGCACUACCAAGUAAAAUGCAUUCUGAAACCUCUGCUGGGAAGAAUGAAAGCUUAUCUUAGCGCUAGUGUUGACUGUAAAUUAAGACGUUUGUCUGGCCUGGCAGUGUUGAAAAUUGUAUGGAUUACAUUCCAGAAUUAAGACAACAAUUUUGGAAUUUGUAACACAAAGUACUGACAUAUUCUUCAAGUAAUUUUGAAAUGCGCUUUUUAGUAGCCAGUUUGAGUAUUACAAGUAGCUGAACGUGAACAUUUUACCAUCUUGUAUGUCUGUUGUUCUUGAUUCCAUGACAUGAUUUUCUUUAUUUUAGUCAUAAUUGAAUAAUUUUUUUCUUUAUGUGGCUAAUUACAUAUACAUACUUAACUCAGGAUUAUUAUGGCUUUUUCGCAAUUUUUGGUUAAAACAUUCUACUAGAUACAUCUCUAAUUGGCUUACAGUACAGAUAGUAAAUCUUCAUACAUUUAGGUUUAAACUAUUCAUUUUCUCAGUUGAAUGCAUCUGUUCAUUUUUUUAAGAAAGCUGUAAACACUAGAGCUUUGGGAAGAGAAUUACUCUGUGUGACUGAUGUAAAUCUACUGUAUAAUUUGGAUAAUGCUUAGCCUCAGAUUUGAUUUUAAACCCCCUAUUUUAUGUUGUAUGGUUAACCAAGGCAAACAAGAAUUUGACUUAUUCCCUCGUAUUUAAAUGCUUGCUAAUGAAUUGUUGUGUAUCUCCAAUUUUUUUUUCAUAUAAUAAGACACGUAUAUGUGAGUGCCAACUGAAAGUUUUGAAUUCUUUAAUUUGAACAUGAAUACAUGUAUAACAAUAAAACUCACAGAAGUUAGCAUGGUUUGUGACAAUCUCUUUGCGUGCCUGGUACUGGUAACGGAUGAAGUCAUGCGUCAGAAAUUCAUGUCUUGCUUCUCAUCCAAGUGUAUAACUAGUCCCGUGUAUAUAUCUUUGUAAUACUUAUGUUAUUGUUAUUAUUACAGUACAUACUCUUGACGGCUUAGAGGAUGUUUAGACCAACAGUGAGGAUCAAACAUGUGGCUUUAUAUGUAACAAGUAACAAUGUAUAUUCAGUACGUGUGACAGCGAAUAACAGAGUUCAGAACUAUUUUUUGGACCAUUAAUUUAAUGGUCAUAACUUUAGACAAUAACAUGUGAGUGUGCAUGUAUACUUUAAACAGUGAGUACAAAGUUACAGCAUAUUGUAUUGGUUAUCAUGUUACAGUCAGUUGAAAUAAGACAGGGUUAUUUGGUUCCUACUAACCGGUAACCUGGUUGUCAAUUCUGGCAUUGUAUGUUGAAUUCUGGUGAUCUGAAUCAAGACGGUUGUACUUGUUGACCUACCUAACCUUUUGUCACUUAGCGAGAUACAUUAGAAAUUGUAAUCAGUCCUCAUUCUGCAUGUAAUAUGCAUGGCCUAUGCUACAUAUACAAAGUAAUACGAAGCCUUGGUGUGUGCUGAAUGUCUUUCAUAACUAGGGUAAUAUUUGUACAAGAGACUGUUGUAAUAUUGUUAUCAGACAUCGCCUGCAUAUUACAUUUUCAUCCACAUGGGGCCCUGUAAAAAAUGCUUCUUAUAGACUGUAGUGUAGUGUGAAGUGGAAUUCUCCAUGUUGAACCAUUCCGAUAUUCUUCUGUCUCUUCUGCUUUUGGGGCAGAUUGCCGUGUGUACAAACCGUGUGUAUGUGGCAUGAUGUUUGUGUAAAGAACUUACAAUUACAAACCCAGAUUUACCACUUGUAUGUUAACUUUUUGUACACGCUCUCGCUGUGAUGAUCCACACUGAACUCUGUGAUUCAGCAAGUGUCUAGUAGAAACCAGUGUGAAUUUUGUGGCAAUAAUUUAUGUCUGGGGUUGUUGUGUGUGCUGCGUGAGUUUGUAGAGUCUAUAAUUGAAAAGUAUCUUGUAACAAGAAGAAAAAUAAAGAAGGAAAAAAUGUUUCUGAUUCUGCUUACAUUGUCAGUGUAUAAAUCAAGGUUAAAAUUUAUAUAUAUGCUAAUAAAAACCUAUAGGCCUAGACUUAAUGUUACUGCUGAACCUCUGAGCAAUGUUGUUGAUAAUGGAGUUAGAUUGAAUGUCAUGUCCAUUCCUGUGACGAUUAUAACCAUUGUUGACAUUGGUUUUCUGGAAGACAUUUUUCGACCUCAAGUAGGACACCUUUUUGUUUGGCUGUAUGUCAUGUUUAUCAACUGAAUACAUGUACUCAACAUGAGCACCAAAGACUGCAUACAUGUAUAACUUAACUGUAAAAAAUUACAUGGUUGAAGCCAAAACAGCUAGUUACAGGUUUUAGCUACAGGUAGCACACUUUGAAAUAACAGCCUCUUGUUGUCUUGAUAGAAGAUGAUUAUGCAUAUGUCAGUGGUCUGAUAGAUGUGAACAAGGUAAUGCACAUGUGCUAUGUGGGUUCUGAAUAACAUGUAAACAAAAGCUAUUGUUUCAUUGCUCUUUAGAAAAUAGGCAGGAAUGGCUCGGAUCAAUAUGUCUGUACCUUGAUUUUGCAUUAUAAUA